UUGCCCAAGAUGCCACGCAGUGGGACUGAACCCGGAACCAUGUGGUUGGUUAGCAAGCUACUUACCAAACAGCCACUCCUUCAGGUUUGGACUAAUAUCACAGUGGAUGGAUGGAAAAUAUACAGAAUAAAUAUUUGUUGGAAACAGGAUUAGAAGUUGAAAGGGAGACAAAGAAGAAAAAAAGCAUCUGAUAAAAAUAUCUGGAUAUAUCAGCGAAAGAAAAAUGGAAUUAUUUGAGGAAAAUGAUAAAUGUAAAUAUCAAACUGAAAGGAUUGAGUUUAUUAGGGAGUUAAAAGAUGUUGAAAAAACAUCAUACCACUGUGAAAUCUGUAGCAGAUCGUUCACUCAGAAAGGUAAUCUUACUACUCACAGACGUAUUCAUACAGGAGAGAAGCCAUAUGACUGUGGCAUCUGUGGUAAAUCAUUCUCUCAGAAAAUUAGCUUAAUUACACACAGACGUAUUCAUACAGGAGAGAAGCAAUAUUACUGUGAUAUCUGUGGUAAAUCAUUCUCUCAAAAUAACCACUUAGUUACACAUAAACUCACUCAUACGAGAGAGAAGCCAUAUCAGUGUGAUAUCUGCGGUAAAUCGUUCUGUCAAAAAAUUAGCUUAAAUAUACAUAAGCACACUCAUACAGGGGAGAAACCAUAUCACUGUGAUACCUGUGGGAGAGCAUUCUCUGAUAAAAAUACCUUAACUACACACAAGCGUAUUCAUACAGGAGAGAAGCCAUAUCGCUGUGAUAUCUGUGGUAAAUCCUUCUCUGUAGGUAGUACUUUAAUUAACACAAACGUAUUCAUACAGGCGAGAAACCAUAUGACUGUGACAUCUGUGGCAAAUCAUUUUCUGUUAGUAGUACCUUAACUACACAUAAACGCAUUCAUACAGGGGAGAGGCCAUAUCACUGUGAUAUCUGUGGUAAAUCAUUCUCUCAAAAUAAUCAUUUAACUGCACACAGACACACACAUACUGGAGAGAAACCGUAUCACUGUGAUUUCUGUGGUAAAUCAUUCUCUGCGAGUAGUAAUUUAACUAAACACAAAAACAUUCACACAGGAGACAAACCAAACAAACAUGGUAUUUGUGGUUCAUCAUUCCCUAACGGAAGCAAUUAAAUUAAACCAAUGCUCUCACACAAGAAAGAAGGCUGGUCAUCUCGAUACUGUAACUGCACCUGUGUAAUCAUACAGAAGAUUAAUUGUAUCACUGACAAAAGUCAUUCUCUAAAUGAAAUAU